AUGUCAACCACAUUCGCAUCUCUGCCCAUAGUCGAUCUUGCGCCCCUCUGUAAUCCAUCGGGAUUAUCGGAGUCUGAUCGCGUAGGUCUGAGCAAACAGCUUUACAAUGUCUUUGCUACGACAGGGUUCGCAUACCUGGUCAAUACGCCGUUGAGCUUAAAGCAUGCUGAUGUCUUUGGUCUGGCAUUGGAGUUUUUCAACCUCCCUCUUCAGGAGAAGAUGAAGUUAGCCAAAGCCUCUUUUCAGCCGGACAAUAAGAAUACCUACAGGGGGCAAGUCUUUGACAAGCUGACAUACUUCCCUCUUCAGCCAAACCUGGCUUCAGACAAUCUGAAAGAAGGCUUCGAGAUAGGCCCAGUGGUAGCCAUGCCGAAAGAUUCCAAGUCGAGCAAGAGUUCAAGUUUCGACUUGACCGAAGCAAACGUCUGGCCCAGCCAAAACACAUACCCAUCUCGAAGUCGCCUGGAACAGUUGUACUCGGAACUACAAAGCUUAUCGUCCGAUAUUCUAUCACUAGUGGCCUUGUCUCUGGACAAGCCAGCUGACUUCUUCAGUGCAUACUUGACCGACUCGCUCAGCACACUACGGCUACUCCAUUACCCUCCAUCUACGGAUGACACCUCAACACCGCCUCCCGUUCUCUCUGAUCCCGUCAAACUCAGCUGCACCCCCCACACAGACAGUGGCAUGCUAACCCUCCUCCACCAAGAUUCGACCGGCGGUCUCGAAGUCCAAGACUCAUCCGGCAAAUGGGUCCCGGCUCCCUACGUCCCCGAAUCUCUGGUCGUGAACAUCGGCGAUCUCAUGGCGCAAGUAUCCGGAGGACGAUUUGUGGCUACAAUGCAUCGUGUCCGCGCUCCGCCUUCAAGGACGUCUCGCAAACAACAGCAACAGCAACAGGAAGACAAAGAAGAAGAGGCGUUAAAGUUUGGCCGCUUUAGCGUACCUUUCUUCUUUGAGCCCGGCGAGAACUGUCUUGUGCAAUCCGUUGAUGCGGAUGAAAGCAAUGUCAAUAAGGGCAUUAUCUACGGCGACCAUGUGCGGGCAAAAAUGAAUACAUUUGUUGAGUAUAGAGAGGAUAGUUUGUUGUUUGUGGCCUGA